ACUUACACUUCUCUUAUGUUGAUUUGUUUUCUUAUUUGUUCUCAUUGUGGUUGUUCUGCCGUGGCAACAGCUGUGGCCACUGCGGCAUUUUACGACCCCUUGUGGAUGAAGUGAAUGGUGGAGCCACCGUUCUCAGCUCGCACGUCUGUCUGUGGUUGGUGGAAUCGGAAAGUGCUGCCUCGUGACCUCCAGGGUGGCGCUUGUGUGUCACACGUUGCGAGUAUAACUCCAUUCCCGCGUUUUUUUUCCGGCGUUCUUUUGAACUGUUGCUAGUGACUAUCACGUGGUGAGAGUAGCGCGCUGCUUCCUCAUCUGGACAACGAAGCAGUGGCCUCGGAGAGAGUUGCCGGGUCAGCAAUUCUCCGGCGUGCUUGUGUUGACGUCAUCGGCGGCUGUCAGCAAACAGAGAGGUUGUGCAAUGGCGGUGUUGCGGAAAAGUUUCUCGACAACGGACCGCGCUAUGUGCGCGGUUGCAGUUUUUGUUGCUCUUGUUCUUUAUCGCUCGGCUACAAGCGCCCAAGGUCAGGAGGUGCAGCGCUUGAAACCUGUGGACCUUUGCGACUUUUUUAUGGAGGGGCUAGGCUAUGGAGAUAUACCAGUUAUUGUUCUAAAUGCAACAGGAAGUGACCAGUCGUACGGAGUGCCGCUCACCAGCAUGGUUGUCCAGGGGGUUGAGCAGAAGGUUCUGAACGCGAAUUCCGGCCCGUGCGCGUUCCUCUCCCCUGCGGGGGUGGACUUUUCCUGCGAUAAUCAACUUUAUGUCAGCGGUAGGGUGAUUCGAUCCAGAACUUUCAACAGGCCCAUUUACGAUUUCAUCAACAAGCUUGUGGUCAUCUAUCUCGUCAAUGUGCAGUUGAACGGGACCACUCUCUUUCUGAAUGACACGAACACCCUGUACAGAAUGGACAGGCGAUGUGUGGCUGUGUAUACAAUGGUUCCUCAUGACGGGAGUGAGUAUGCCGUCUUGCUGGAAGGGUACCAGAGGCGUGAUGCUCUUCGCAGCGGUACUUGGCAGUCGGGUGAUCGUAGGGUUGGUUUCGAGAUUAACGCGCACGGACGCGCACGGAUCACUCACUUAUACGAGAAUGACUCGGGGAAAGGAUUAUUUAUUUCGGUAUCUCCCUGCAUUGCAAGCUCGGACUUGCUUUGUUGUUCUGCAGGAAUGAGUGUAGACUUAACUAGUAUAGGAGCAAUGGCUGUUGUGGAGAGGUUUUGCUGGGGGAGGCGAGUGUUUCUCUUCAAAGCGGCCAAGAGGAAGGAGGAGGGAAGAGCUGUAGCAGUUUUGUCUGCAUCGCAGUGGUUAGCAACAAGAUUCGACCGUAGAUAGUAGAUAGUCAUUUGUUUGUUUGCGUAUAUUUGUAAAAGAGUAGAUGGAGUUUCCAACAAGAGCGGGAGGAAGUUUUUGGUUGGAGACGUGAUCGUAAGGGGAUUGAGAACGGACAUGUACGUUUAGUCUCUUUCUAUACAGCUUUCACAAGAGUGGUUUCAAACGAUCACCAAAUAGGUACCGAGGUUUUGAAUGGCUUCUGCAGUCGGCAAUGGGCAAUGGGCAUCGAACGGACGGCCGAGUUGUGACGAAAGCUCAUAUUUUUUUGUGGUUUAGGGUUGACGGAAUUAGUGAAACAUCUUGUGAGAGCUAAAGUGCGUUAGCUGCGCUCUGCCAGUUGAUUAUUUGUGCCCGCCCAAGCUUACCCCUUUCCUCUGAGCACUCUCCUCCAAACAAGUCUACCUUUUGAGAGGGGCUUAGCGGUGUCGGUGGGAUCGGGGGUCGUGUUCUUGCGGUUAACUACGGGUACGGUUGAGUGAGUGAAGGGAACUGCAAUUCGCGUCCUGCUGUCUCCUUUGUUAAUUGUGCGAGGGCUCUUCGGCUGAAUUAUUUGAUAGAUCAUAAAAAUUAUUGCUAGAUCCGAACUUUGUAUGAGCUGGAAAGCGCCUUGCAUCAUGACCAUGGUUGAUUGGUCUGGUGGGGCGCUGGUUGGGAGCGUACGCGUGCGGGUGAGUGCGGAAGUGUGGGGGGGUGUUACGAGAAGUGCAUUGAACGGGCCUUUUUCGACGGGCUGACCCAGAAAAUCUGCUGCAUGGCUCUUGCUCUGUGGGCAUGACAUGGAUUUUGCAUCGCUUUUAUGUAUUUAUUUCACUGGCAUCAGGAAAACGUUUUGGAAGAGAUUACGAGCAUUGGCAGCU